GAAACCUCACUUAAAUUCACGCGGAAUGAAACCUCACUUAAAUUCACGCGGAUUUCCGAGAUCGGCGGCAGCGCCACCCCCUUCCUUUCUCUCUCCUACAUUUGUCAUCCACUUCAUACCCCCGUCUCCCUGCCGGCAUUCUCUCUUCCAGAUAAAAGAAUACAAAAAAAUAUCCUAUCCCCUAUAUUACUAUUGCAGGAAGAAGAACAGAAUGGAGGAGACGGAGGUGUCUCGGAAUGAUUUGAUGCAGCGCCUGAAAUCAUCCGCUGGAAGCUGCUUCGAUUCAUCCUCCCAAGCCCGGGGGCCGCACCGCCAGUUGCCACCGGGGCCCAGCUUCAGCCCCGAGGCCGGCAAGCGCCACGGCAUUCCCCCGGCCCACCCCACCCACCCCCCCGCCUCCCCCCACCCCCAGAUCCCGUCCUCCUCCUCCUCCGCCGUCCCCUCCCACUCCCGUUCCCUCUCCCUCUCCCAACCGGCCUUCUUUAACCUCGACGUCCCCGUGGAGGACUGCGUGACGGCCGGUUCCCCCGCGCCGGCUCCGCUCGCCAGGUCGUCCUCCGGCCGGGUCUCCGGCGACGGGCUUCCGCCCCGCAAGGCCCACCGGCGGUCCCAGAGCGACGUGCCCUUCGGGUUCUUCCAGUCGAGCCUCCCCAUGGCGGCCAUUCCCCCGCCGGCGCCGCAGCGGGCACAGGGUUUCCUCGAGCCUGGGCGGCAGCCGCCGCAGUUUGUGAAGCGGGAGAACGAGUGGGAUCGGGUUGGGGAUAGCAGAGCCGAGGGGAUCGGAGAGCGGAAGCCGGAAGGGGAUUCAGGGGAUGAUCUGGUCGAUGCUUACAUGAAUUUGGACAGCUUGGAUGCUUUGAAUUCGUCAGGGACCGAGGAGAAGCGCGAGGACUUGGAUAGCAGGGCUAGCGGCACGAAGAUGAAUGAGGCUGAUAGUGACAACGAAGCAGAGAGCAGCGUUAAUGAGAGUGGCGGUAGCGAGCAGUUCCGGACACCUUCGACCAAGAAGAAGGAAAGGAUUAAGAGGAGUUCUCCUGUAGAUCCGUCUCCGAUAAAUUCACGUCACUGUAGGAGUAUCUCCAUGGAUAGUUUCAUGGGCAAGCUGCAUUUAGGGGAUGAGUCAUCCAAGCUGCCACCUUCCCUGGGCAAUCAAAUGGGUCAGCAAUCAAGGAGCGGUUCGAUGGAUGGGACAGGUAGCACGUUCAGCUUGGAGUUUGGGAAUGGCGAGUUUAGUGCUGCUGAGAUGAAGAAGAUCACGGCGAAUGAGAAGCUUGCAGAGAUGGUGCUUACAGAUCCCAAACGAGUCAGGAGAAUUUUGGCCAACCGGCAGUCGGCUGCUCGUUCCAAAGAAAGAAAGAUGCGGUAUAUUGCUGAAUUGGAGCAGAAGGUGCAAACCUUGCAGACCGAAGCGACCACAUUGUCAGCGCAGCUUACAUUAUUACAGAGGGAUUCAACUGGACUUACCAGCCAGAACAAUGAGUUGAAGUUCCGACUUCAGGCCAUGGAGCAACAGGCACAGCUAAGAGAUGCUCUGAAUGAAGCACUGACUGCAGAGGUCCAGCGUCUGAAACUUGCUGCUGGAGAAAUUACUGAAGCUCCCCUUUCAAAGAGCAUGAAUCAGCAAAUGUCAUUGAAUCCUCAGUUGUUUCAACUGCAGCACCGGCAGUCACAACAGCAGCAGCAUCAGCAAGCUACCCAGAUUCCUCUCUUUCAGUUGCAGCCACAGCAGCGGCGGCAGCAGCAGCAGCACACUGAUGCUACUGCAAAACUUGAAUCAAACAAAUAAUUUGAAGCACUACAAAUACCAUAGAAAACAAAUCAAACGGGGUUGCAUUUGGUUCUGUUUUGUCAUCUUUAAUUUCAGUUCACUGUCUGAAGUCAAACAUCUCCAUGCUCCUAUAUGCAUAUAGCAUAUUUACCAGCAGGGUAGUAAUUCUGUUAUUCAAAUAUGUGGUCAGUAGGUUUAUUUUAAUGGGAGAAUUAAUUGUUUUGUAACUAGAUGCUUAUUUGUUGAUGUUAUUGGACAAAAUAGCUUUUAGAGGAAAAUGUUCUCUUACAUAUACGAUAGUAAUAUUGUAGUGCUUAGUUGUGGAGUAAUUAAUUGUUUGCAUGG